UCCUGCACAGCGCUCACACCGGAGCACGAGCCGCGGUGGAGAAGCACAGACCGCAACGCCUCACAGGGGCUGGGAGCUCACCUAAAACCUCAGAUUGGAGGUGCAGGAAGUGCCGGGUUUCGCCUGAACACUGUGGUGUACAUGUACAACAGCCUCGGCUGAAGGUACCGUUGUGUGUGAGAGGACUGUACGCUGCCAUGUCGGAGUUUCUGGUGAGUCUAUUCGGGGAGCGGCUCGUCAACAGCGAGAAAGCCGAGGUGGACGUGCAGUCGCUGGGCGCCAAGCUGUCCCUGGUCGGGCUCUUUUUCGGAUGUAGCUUGAACGCGCCGUGCAAGCAGUUCAACGGCAGCCUGUGCGAGUUUUACAGCAGGUUCAAAAAGACGUCUGAGCACAAGGAGAAAUUGGAAAUCGUCUUCAUCUCGUCUGAUCAGGACCAGAAACACUGGCAAGACUUUUUGCAGGAGAUGCCAUGGCCUGCGUUACCUUUCAAAGACAGACACAAAAAGAUGAAGCUGUGGAACAAGUACAAGGUAACCAGCAUCCCCUCUCUGGUGUUUGUAGACGCAGCUACAGGGAAGGUGGUUUGUCGGAACGGUCUACUGGUGGUCAGAGAUGACCCUAAAGGCCUGGAGUUCCCCUGGGGUCCGAAGCCAUUUGCAGAGGUGGUGGCGGGGCCUCUUCUCAGGAACAACAGGCAGACGACAGACAGCAGCUCUCUGGAGGGACACUACGUGGGAGUGUACUUCUCCGCACACUGGUGCCCACCCUGCCGCAGUCUGACCCGGGUCUUGGUGGAGUCGUAUCGGGCUGUCAAAGAGGCAGGACAGAAGUUUGAGAUUGUUUUUGUCAGCGCUGACAGGUCAGAGGAGUCCUUUAAGCAGUAUUUCAGUGAGAUGCCGUGGUUGGCGGUGCCGUACUCAGACGAGGCUCGGCGAUCACGACUCAAUAGACUCUACGGAAUUCAAGGUAUUCCCACGCUGAUUCUCCUGGACGCAGAAGGUCACAUGAUCACGCGACAGGGCCGCGUGGAGGUGCUGAACGACCCCGAGUGCCGCCUCUUUCCCUGGCACCCUCGACCUGUGCUCGAGCUUAGCGAAUCCAACGCCGUGCAGCUGCAUGAGGGGCCCUGCCUUGUCCUGUUUGUGGACGCAGAGGAGGAAGGUGAACUGGAGCCAGCCAAGGAGCUGAUCCAGCCAAUAGCGGAGAAGCUGAUGGCCAAGUACAAAGCCAAGGAGGAGGAGACGCCGCUGCUGUUCUUUGUAGCUGGAGAGGAUGACAUGAGUGACUCCCUGCGAGACUACACUAACCUCCCAGAAGCCGCCCCUCUGCUCACCAUCCUGGACAUGUCGGCCAGGGCGAAGUACGUCCGCGACGUGGAGGAGAUCACGCCAGCCGUAGUGGAUCAAUUUGUCAGCGACUUCUUGGCUGAAAAGCUCAAACCGGAGCCCAUCUGAAGAGGAAGUCCGAAUCUGAAUUGGACUAAACUAUGUGGGACUCUCGCUCCAUUAUCAAACCCUGACCUGUUGCUCUCCCCCACCCUGACUGAAAGAGAGAUGUCUCACUUUUUACUGACAUUUUAACCUUUUUUAGACUUGUUCCUCUUUUCAUGGAGUCCUCUUUCUCCUGUGGUGCCUUGCAUUGAUGAUAGUCCCUACAGUAAUAUAUACGAAGAUUCUGUUGGUUCUUUUUUUUUUUUUUUCCUCGAGAAGAGGAUUUUUUUCACUCAAUAGCUUUCCUUAACUCAAGAGAAAACCAGAGUAAAACCCAGUGGACCUACUUAUUCAGCUGAUUCUUUGCUUUCUGUUUUGUCUGCAAGAUCCUUGUUACUUUCUGAAUGAUACCGAGAAAGAAUAAAAUGCAUUUUUUGGAUGUAGCUGUAAGCCUUUAUGGCCCAAUUUAAAGAAUAGAACUUGACGACCGGUGCACAGACAGUAAAGAUCACAUUAUACCUGCUUGUAACAGACCAAUGACUGAUGUUUUCAAGCCCCUGUGUGUCUUGUUGUGUGUUAUGAUGAUGUGAGUGAAAGUCAUCUCUUGCCAGUUGUUAGUGGUGGUUCUCAUCUCAUUCGCUCAAGUCAUUCUGAGGAUUUUCUGUGAAGGUCCCCGAAUGAGAAGGUCAAGUUAUUUCUGAAGGCAACAAAAACUGGCAUUUGAAAAUUGUUGAAUGUAUAAAUCCCUGUAUUCUGUUACUCCAGUCAUGACUUCUCACACCCAUUAAAUACUCACUGGUGAAGCACAAA